UUGCUUUGUGAUGUGAUUGUUAAAGUUAAAGCUGUAGUGGAAUUUUUUAAAAGAAGUUCUCUGGCACAAACAAAAUUAGAAGUUGCCCAAAGGCAAAUGAAUUUGCCACUUUUAAAACUAAAGCAGGAAUGUCCAACGCGUUGGAAUUCCUGUUACGAUAUGCUAGAACGUAUAUUAAAAAUUAAAGAUGCUGUUAUCAGCACCAUAGCCCUAAUACGAAGUGACCUCAGCCUUCAGACUUCAGAGUGGGAGUUAAUUGAAAAAAUUGUACCAAUUCUUCGACCUUUUUAUGAAGUCACCCAAGAAAUAAGCUCUGAAAAACAUGUAAGCUUAUCAAAAGUAUUAAUAUUUACUAAGUUUUUGUCUAAGCAUAUACAAAAAGCCUUUCGGACUCCAGAAGCAUACAACAGAGCCAUCGAAAACUUAAGACGCAGAGUUGCAGCUGUAAGAGUCCAGGUAGCCGACUCAAAUGUGGUAGAAGGUCACUCUCGACAGGAACCACAGGUAGCUAUCGGCACAACAAAUAGUAUUUGGGAAGAGUUCGAUGUUGAAAUGAGCCAGGCAACUCGUCCAGAAAGCUCUGUGGCUGCAGGGAUAAGGGAAUUAGACAAAUAUCUGCAUGAGGAACCCCUUAAUAGAAAAAACGAUCCCCUCAAAUGGUGGCACAGCCGUAAGCAUAUAUAUCCUCAUUUGUAUGAGUUAGUCCUGAAAAGGCUUUGUAUCCAAGCCACAUCAGUUUCGUGCGAAAGAGUAUUUUCGAGUGCUGGGCAAAUCGUAACGGACAGACGAAAACUAUUGAAGCCCUCAAAAGUUACACAGACGCUUUUUCUGCAUAAUAAUAUGUAA